AUGAGGAUUGCUCUAGCGCUUCUCCUGACUCUUACCGUCCUCUUACUAGCAUCAGAUGUGGAAGCUGAUUGUACGACAUCAAUUAUCAACCGUCCAAAUAAGUGUACAAACGCUAUUUGCGAGCAGUCCUGCGACGCAAGGCGCCAGUCCGUCUGUGGCGAUCAAUGUCGUCUUCAGAAAGCCAGUUGUGUUGGAAAGUUGUGCGGAUGUACCUGGUGCAAUUAG